AUGGCCUCGGUGACAGAGAAUUCGGCCAAGUGGACCGACUUAAUCGAUGCUCCUGUGCAUGCAGUCCUUCUUAACAACGUGGACGUUAGGGCUGUCAAGCAAGUUGAUGAAGAUAACGUGAGGGUUUUAAUUGUGGCCAACCAUAUGCUUCAGGUCGAAAUGCAAAAAGCUACCAGAGCUCUGGAAGAAUACUGGGGCGAUGAGAGUUUUGACGACGCUUGCCGUGAUUGUACGAAGCAGGAAGUGGCCAUCUCCUCUGAUAAUGGUCCAAAACUUUCGUUAACCUCGAUUUUCCUUCCCAAUACUCCUCGGGUAAAUACCCAUGAUCCAGGGGAAUCGGCUCCCCCGGAUCUCAAAGCCCUUGUGCCAAAAGAUUGGAGGCUCAAUAGCGCCCAAACUGAGGCAGGCAACUAUCCAGUUGCUUACCCACUCUAUCUCUUGUGUUUGGUCCUCCUGGUACGGGCAAAACGCGAACAAUUGCUGCAGUGACUAUGUUUGUUACGCAAGUCCUCUGCGGUGGGUCGGUGGGAUUGGCCAAGUUGGCCAUCCCAGUGCCGACUCGCGCAGUAGACUCGCGUAGCAGGUGCUGCUGUAAUGAGUCAGUCAGUUGACCGGCGCAUUUAAGAAGCUUCCUCCACUCGACGAAGCAGACCAAUGUGAUUCUGUCCCAGGCACGUAAUGCCCAGUACGUUAUUGGCGACUGGGACUGGCUGGGCAGCAAGGUCUUCAAAAAGGACGCCGCCUCGUUUUAAGUACCUGGAUGAGGCCGAACGUCUUGUGGGCAUGAGAUGUAUCUAGUUGCGAGAUGUCCAAUUUAUAUGAUUACAUCCAAC